AUGCCCAAAAGAAAGAAGCCCUUGCUGCCUCCUCAAGUUAGAAAGCUUAUCAAAUACCAUCUGAUUCAAGCAAGUAGAAUUACCGGCAGUUGUUCAAGUCCAAAUAAUUCAACUACAACUUUUGAUAGUUCUUUACUAGCAAAUAGUUCUUCCUCCAGAGCUCUUGGAAAGUAUCCAUUUAACCAAUCAUCUCCAGUCCAGAAAAAUGAUAUCAUUAUCAUUAAUGAGAAUGCAUUACCUAAAACACACCAGAGGAUUGUUGAAAGCUAUACAAACACUGGAAAUAUUCCUGAAGAAGUUACUACCAAUCCGGUUGCCAAAACUAUUACCUUUGAACAAAGAAACAACAGUCUGUCUGCUGAUAGACUUGUAUUCAACUUUCCCAAUAGAUUGAUUAAUACUCCCCUGAAGCCACCUACUAGUAACUUUCCUUUACCAGGCUCUGUUAAUGUUGGAAAAUCCCCACUGGAAAUACAUCUAAUCCAAAGUUCUCCUACACUAGUCAAAGGUAAUUCUACCGAACUUGAAGUCGAUAGUGCAUUUUUAAGUUGUGAAUAUGUUAAUCAAGAUGAGCUCCUAAGAGCACAGAAUGUUUAUCGUAAUUUAUUUGGGGAAAGUCCUACUGCCAGUAACAACAGCUCUUUGAUAAACUUUAAAGACAAAGAGUCUUUUAUAAGUGGAACCAGUUCAAAGCUCAACAAUUUCGAGUCUAGAGACAGUUCUUUAAUCAAGAAAGACGAAGUGAGCUAUCCUGAUCUUGGUACUUGGCUACCUCCUUACCAAGAAGCUUCGCCAGUUUCAAUCAAGUGUGAGGGGAAACACGAGCUUGAAAAUGAAUUGGAAAACGAGGAGGCACCUAAGAAACGUACAAGGAAAAAGAAGAGAAAGACGCUCACAGUCAAGAAAAUUAGAAAGAAACUACCACCUACUGUGUUUGUUGUAUUAAAAAUUAAUAACCCAGAAUUUUUAAGAACACUAGCAAGUACGUAUAGUUCAUCUGAAGCAUCCAAUUUCAGACUGGAUAUUUACUCAACCGGCACCUCCACCACAAAUUCACUUGUUACCAAGAGAGAAAGCGGAAAUAAUUCAAGUUUGGAUUCUGAUUAUUCUCCCCGCAAUCGCAAAAACAAUCGAACUAGACGACACACGGAAGCAAGUGAAUACAUUCCCGAAAAGAAACGGAAGCUCAGUGCCAGAUCUAAAACCGGCUGCUGGACAUGCAGAAUUCGACACAAAGCAUGUCCGGAAGAAAAACCAGAAUGUUCUCAAUGUGUUCGGUUGCAACUAAAGUGUGAUUACUCGGAGGAAAGGCCUCCAUACAUGUAUGAUCCGGUGUUACAAGAUAGAAAGCUUCGGGAAAUAAGAGAGAUUACCAGCGCAUAUAAAAAAAUCACGUUUGGGAGAAGGAAAGGAUCGGAAUGCACAAACUCACUGUAG